AUGGCGAAGGUUGAGUCCAAAGCCAAGGCCAAGGCCGCGGAGUCCAGGAAGGACUCCAAACGCCGCAAGGUAGAGACUGAGGCACCUAACACGCGCCAGCCUCAGCGCGUAUCCAAGCGUAUCCAGGCGCGACGUGAGCAAGCCACCCUCACUCAGCCUGAAGAGCCUAAGGAAGAGCCGAAGGCCAAAUCUCAGAAGCGCAAAGCGCCUGACGCGGGCCAGGUAGAGCCCCAGCGUCCCUCUAAGCGUCGCAAGGACGAGCCUGAAGUAUCUCAGGCAGAGCCUCAGCGCGUAUCUAAGCCUCAGAAGCGCAAAGCGCCUGACGCGGGCCAGGUAGAGCCCCAGCGUCCCCUCAAGCGCCGCAAGGACGAGCCGGAAGCAACCAGCACUGGCAAGAAGGAGCCUGAAGUAUCUCAGGCAGAGCAGCGCGUAUCCGAGCGUGUCCAAGCUCGACGCGAGCGAACCAACAACACCCAACCUGAAGAGCCUAAGGAAGAUCCGAAGGCAAAAAAGCCCAAGCAGCCAGCCAAGACAUCCACCAAAGCCAAGCCUGCAGGAGACUCUCAGAAACCCGCUGAGCCCGACACCACUCAGCCUGAAGAGUCCCAGAACAAGCCUGAGGAAGAGCCAAAGGCCAAAAAGUCCGAGCAGCGAGCCAAGGCAUCGGCCAAAGCCAAGCCUGCAGGACACUCUCAGAAACCCGCUGAGCCCGACACCACUCAGCCUGAAGGAUCCCAGAAGAAGCCUAAGGAAAAUCGAAAGGCCAAAGAAUCCAAGCAGCCUGCCAAGGCUCAGCCUGCAGAAGAAUCUCAAAGGCCCGCCAAGCCUGAUACUACUCAACCUGAAGGGUCCCAGAACAAACCCGAGGAAGAAUCAAAAGCCAAAAAAUCUAAGCAGCCAGCCAAGGGAACAGCUAAGGCUAGACCUGUAGGAGACUCUCAGAAGCCCGUCGAGCGUGAUACUACUCAACUUCAAGAGUCUAAGGACGAAUCCGAGAAACUGAAGGAAGAAUCGAAGGACACGAUAAAGCCUCAUUAUCAGAGACUGAUUUUGAAACCGCCAAAGCCUCCUCAGGAGACUCCCCCUAAGAAGCGCAAGCGCAGCGCUGAACCCGAGAUAUCUGUCAUGCCUCCUAAACGAGGCAAAAGAGGUGCUGGCCCUGCGUACCACUCCAGUCCAGCCACACGCUCCACAUCUACACGCAUUGCAAUUGGUCAAACACACAUCAUCUCCAGCGAGGACUCCGCGCGGCCGCGGCCGCGGCCGUGGGAGGGGCCGUGGGCAUAUCGGGAUCGAGCAAGUCUUCCUGGUCCUGUCCAUGAUGAUGACGAUGAAGAAGACGACGAAGACCAAGCCGAAGAUGAGGAAUCGACUCCUCCCCCCCCUGAGGCACCUCGCUCGCGCAUUGUCAGGUUGAGAGUGCCAUUUACGAAGCAAGCCGAAACUCAGGAUGCUCCAGCAGGGGAGUCAAUGCCAUCAGCUACACCAGCAAGUCCUUCUCAGCCUCAUACAAUGGAGACGCCCCACCGGCUCCGUUCCAAGCGAGCCAUGGCGGUUCCAGAAUCUAAUCGGACCACUCGCCAGUCUGCACGGUUCCAAAAGGAUGCCGGAGAUCAAGACGACUUAAGUCCUAGCAAGCCUGGCGCUGCUAUCGAAACAGCAUCGGGGACUCAUGAUAACUCCGCCCACUCUCACAUGAAGAUCUCACAAACCCCUGACCCAAACAACGCCUCUCACGCGAAUGAUCCUCAUCAAACCGAGGACGAACACCCCUCAGAGUCGUCUCGCGCCUCACCACAGGCCCAUACACAGGCAACAGCCGACACUGCUGGUCCAGUGCGUCAGCAACGCCUCAAACUGAAAGCUUCUCCAGAAGAGUCGCGCAAGCGCAAAUCGACCAACGCCCACGACGAAGUCAAGUCCCCUGGCUCGACCGUCUCUAAGAGGCUCAAGAUUGAAGCAGCCGAGGAAAAGGCUAUUGAAAGCUUCGCCGAAUCGACAGAAGAAGACGCAUCCAACGCGGAAGAGGAAACCACACCUGCCCUCCCUACCCGAGGCCGCGGAAGUCGUGGUGGUCGAGGAAGUCGUGGUCUCGAGGCCGUGGACGGGGACGGGGCAGCCGGGGCGGUGCUACAGCCUCAACCCGUGGAGCUGCUGCAGGUGGAACGCGUGCUCGAGGUACCACUCGUGGCCGUGGCCGCGGCCGCGGUCGUGGUCGUGGAGGCCGUACAACCCGCAGCCGCUAAGAAGAGGGCCGCCGAAAAGGCCAAAAAGAAGAAGGGGCCGCCACCACCCCCCCCGGAUGAGAUUUGGGACGAUAAACCUCCUCGUCGUCGUUCUCCUUCGCCUAUCAGCCUCACCAAGCCUAUCAAAGAUCGCCAGGCAGUGCUGGCGUCGCUCUUCAAGCGAAUUGGAGAAGCCCAGCAAGUCGCUCUCGAUGUGCUGGGUGCUCACUCCAUGCAGAAGCUUGCCAAACACAAGAACGCGCACAAAGAGUGUCCGGAGUAUGAUCAGGUCCGGAAAGAGUUGAUGGAGCGCGAGAAAACCGAAGUGGCUCGCGCAAAUUACAAAUAUGACUUGAGCAUCGUGGCCGAGCAGAAGGAGCACGAGGCUGAAUUGUGGUCGAUCGAGCACAGGGCGCAGUGCCAAAUCGAGGACCUACGAGACGAGAUGUUCUACGCUGCCCUUGGCGACUGGAUGAAGCUCGCUCAAAGUAGCCAGGCCGUGGACGAUGAUCAGCAUACAGAGAUGAUGGCUGACGUCGAAGAUCAUCAGGAAGAUGAUCAAAAGACAGAGCUCGGCGGGACGAACUCGCCAGAGUUCUCGGAUGAAGAGGGUGGGUUGCCGGAAAACCCAAACAUCACCAAGCGGCUCCCGACUCGCGAAAGCGAGCGAGGCUUCGUCGCAGAGGCCCUUCGCGAUCCGGCGGGCACGAUUUCCUGGGAGCGUGGCCAGAACCUGUGGCCGGACUUCACCAUUAAGGUCCGGUUGAGUUCGAUGAUCCAGUUCCAGCGAAACCGUGACCAGCUGGAUAGCCGGGAUCCCGCCGAUGAUGAACAGGCCCGGCGAGGUGUGGGGAUGAUUCUGCGUGCAGCGGAUCACCUCCGGGAGUCGGAGGAGCGCAGAGUCCAGGGCCCUAGUGCCCUGGAUCUGUUCGUGGAGGUCGCUCUCGGCAAUCCCGCCGAUGCGCGCGCCUCCGCCCCAACGCAGCAGGGCCGGCGUCUGCUCCCUGCGCAGGGGGGUUCGGACUGCCGGACCCGUUUGCAAUGGCUGGGGGACCUCAGCUGCCGCCGUUGGGCAACCUUCGGCAACUGCACCCUCCAGGACCGGGGGGGACCUGGGUACUUCCCCCCACGCCCCUUUUAA